GAUUCGAUUUCUAGUUUAAACGCUUCGUCGAUGUUCCGCGGAAUGGGAUUUCAAUAUGGCUAUCGUCGUGAUGUCUGCAGAAGCUAGUAUCGCGGAAAUGUUUUGAAUUCGUUUGAUAAUUGUGACGACAGAUUGACGUGCGAGGCAUAGGUACGUCUGCUGCAUAGCACAAACUUUCUUGUGCUUAAAGGCAUUCGUAGAAUAGUAGACUUAAUUAGAUCUUAAUUGUCGUUCGUAAUUGGGUCCCGACAGACGGUUUUGAGUGACAAUGGGGAAACAAAAUAGCAAAUUAAAACCCGAAGUAUUGGAAGACCUCAAACAAAAUACUGAAUUUUCAGAUGCCGAAAUUCAAGAAUGGUAUAAAGGAUUCUUAAAAGACUGUCCUAGUGGACAUUUGAGUGUCGAAGAAUUUAAGAAAAUUUAUGGUAAUUUUUUCCCUUACGGCGAUGCCUCGAAGUUUGCAGAGCACGUGUUUAGAACAUUCGAUGCAAAUGGCGACGGGACGAUCGAUUUUCGAGAAUUUCUCUGCGCUCUAAGCGUGACGUCCCGAGGAAAAUUGGAGCAGAAAUUAAAGUGGGCCUUCAGUAUGUACGACCUUGACGGUAACGGAUAUAUCUCGCGACAAGAGAUGCUUGAGAUCGUGACGGCAAUAUACAAGAUGGUAGGGUCCGUGAUGAAAAUGCCAGAGGACGAGUCCACCCCAGAGAAGAGAACCGACAAAAUCUUUCGUCAGAUGGACAAGAAUAAGGACGGCAAAUUAUCGCUCGAUGAAUUUAUCGAAGGUGCAAAGAGUGAUCCCUCGAUCGUGCGACUGUUGCAGUGCGAUCCUAGUGCACAAGCUCAGUGAGACCCUGGGUCCGUGUGCGUUUCAAAUGCCAUCUGUAAAUACGAAUCGGGGCCCGGCCCAAUCAUAGCCCGGUUAGAGGCGAUGCAAUCAUAGAAGGGAAUCAAUAGAAAUAGAGGAAGCUGUCAAAACGAACACACAGAGAUACAAAUAUCCUCGUUUACACCUACACCAAUACACCUACAGAGAAAGAAAGAAAAAAAGAAAUAAAGAAAGGAAGAAAAAAAGAAAGAAGGAAGGAAAGAAAAAACGAAAUAAUGAAAGAAAAAAAAAGAGAAAAAGAUAGAUGUUUAUUUAAACUUUACAUCGUUAACGUUAGUAACGUUUACAUGUGUAUACCGUUAUAACCCAUCACAACAUCACUACACCACCACCAACACCACUAUACUACACUACAACAACUACUACUAUUACAAUUAUCACACACGUACGGCGAGUGUUUGAAACUGGAUAAGAAGAUACUUAGACUAUAUAUACAUAUGUGGACGCCAAAAAGAAAAAAAAAAAGAAAGAAAGGAUAAGAGAUCAAAUAAAAAAGCAUACAAUGAUUUUCACAAGGCUGAAGCCAACAAAGUUCGUUCUGGUAGAUUCGCUCCUUCGCAUCGUCUUCUAUGUUCGCGAACGCCUCUUGUCAACUAAAGAUAUAAAAAGAAAGAAAGAAAGAGAAAGAGAGAGAGAGAGGGAAUACAGUAUGUUGCCUGAGCCGUGUGUGUGCGCCAAAAAACUUGCAAACGUCAAGUAGGGCUCUUGUAAAUUGGGCUGGUACCCGAGUGAUGAGGGGUCCAGGCUCACUGGGCCCAUGGCGCUUGCGCAUACCGCAAACUAGUCGUAAUGACUAGUUCAGUCGCUCCCGCGAUUUAAACUAAUCAGUUUAAACGGGGAUUUUUUUGAGAAGUAAAAAAAAUGGGGAGAGAGAAAGAGAAAGAGAGAGAGAGAGAGAGAGAGAGAGAGAGAGAGAGAGAGAGAGAGAGAGAGAGAGAGAAUGUAAGAAUGCAAAUUGAAAGUAAGUGUGAGAGAGUGAGAGAGAGAGAAAGAGAGAGAGAGAGAGAGAGAGAGAGAGAGACUCACGCGUAUUUUUUCAUAUAAUUCUCCUAAAAUUGUGCCGCUCGAUGUACAUACAUAAAGAGAAUUGCUAUUGUAAAUUCGUUCGAACCUUCCAUCAAAAUGGUUCUUUCUUUCUUAAUUAGUUUAAUUGAUAAUAUCUAGGUGCCUCUUCUACGCAUUUACCUAUCAAUGACACGCGAGUUUACAUCAAAUUACGUGAAAAAUGUUUAGAUCUGAUUGACGAGAAUAAUAAAGUGGAAAAUGACGAUUAUAUAGGCAAUAAUUUUCUUUCUUUUUCGUGGUUUUUUUUUGUUUUUUAUAGGAAGACAGCGACAGCGAAAGAAAAAGAGAGAUGAAUGAAGUAAAACUGCUCGAAACUUUUGAUUAUUCUUCAAAAUUAUUACACGUCUCGUUCGGUCUUUUAUCAGUAUCCUCCAGUUUUAUGCGAGACUCAUUCAUUCCAUAUAAUUGAACGUUAUAUCGAUUUUCGAUCGCUUUAGAAACGCUUUAACGUAAAAUCUGGUAGAAAAGCUUCCCCUGGGAUUUUCAAAGAUAAUUGAAAAGAAAAGAAAGAAGAAGGAUGAUAGAAAGGAAAGAUAGAAAGGAAUGAGUUAGAGAGAGAGAGAGAAAGAGAGAAAUAAAGACGAUUGACAAUUUGCUGAGCGUAGAAGUGCCUUAAUUUUUCGUAAUAGUAUAUGACGUAUGUAAGAGCGUUGCAAGAAUCGAAAAGAAACUUUUUACUAAGCUUUCAACCAAGACGAACAAUUAAAAAGAAUACAUUGAAUUGUCAAUGUGUACAGUAUACGUGUAGUAAAGAGCAGAAUCUGAAGAGAAAAAUAAAAAAUGAAAGAGAGAGAGAGAGAGAGAGAGAGAGAGAGAGAGAGAAAGAGAGGAAUAGAGAGAGAGAGAGACUAGAAUCGAAUCAAAUCGAUAAUUUUUCACUUUAUCAAAGGCUUCUAAUUAAUUUAUCAGUAAAAAAUUAUGUGAUUUGAUGAAACUGCUUCGAACGAUGCUCAUUCUCAAGUUAAAUACGUAAAAGAGUCUUAAAAGUUCGCGUUUCUUUUUUUAUUCCCUUUUUUAUCAUAUAUAUUUGUCUUUUUUCUUAAAAUAGAUUGCUUUAGUUUAUCGAUUGUUCGACGAGUUCUAUUUUAAUAUAAAACUUCGUAUUGAAUGUUGUCACUGAUAGAAAGAUAUUUUAGAGAGAAAAAAAGAGAGAGAAAGAGAAGGAGAGUGUGUGUGUGUGUGUGUUUAGAAACAUCGAGCGAGCAUAAAACGGAUUGUUACGCGUUUUAGAGCGAGAUAUGUCUUGAUACAUUACGAUAGCUCGCCAAUUUACACAUGUAACACGUUUUUGGGUCGCGUAUGAGAAUAUGCGUUUCAACGAUUGUACCAGGAUUUGAGAUCGUUGAAAGAUUUAGAAUUAACUCCGAAAUUUUUCUAACAUUUAUUUCAUAUUAAUUUUCAUUAUUUGAUUUCAAUUAUUAUUUUUUUGGAUAGAAUCUACAAAAAGAGAGAAUAACAAAGGGAAAAAAGGAAAAAAGAAGUGUAACAAGGAAAAAGGAGAAAAUACGAGUAACGAUCUAAACUUUUGACCUGUUUAAAACAAAGAAAAAGGGAAAAAAACAUAUUUUAUGCGGCAUGGCUUCGUGCCAAGUGCAAAGUAUUUUGUCAAGGCAAAACGACCGCAAAGGGUAGAUUUUUUGUUUGUUUUAUACAGAAGAACUGUAUUAUUCGUGAUAAGAAAAGAAUGCCAAGGGAGAAAAUCUCUAAAGCUCUUUGAUAUUUCUUUUUCUUUCUUCCUUUUUUCUUUUUUUUCUUUUUUUUUUUUAUUAAUUUUUUUUCUUUCUUUCUAUUUCCGACACUGAUACGUAUAAUUCACAUGUAUGUAUGUAUGUAUGUAUAAUAUGUACAUACAUACAUUUUUCUUUAACUCAAGCAUUGAAUUAAUGAGGAAGAUGAAAAAGAAGCACUUAGACCGCGAACGAAUGUUUUCAAAGAGAGAACAGAUCUAUUCAACUUUCAUCAUUUAUUUAUAUAAGGAAGAUAAAAUAAUUAUCUUGUAUAAUUAUCGACGAAUAAUAAUCAUGUUGAAUUUCAACAAUUGCCGGAAUAAAAGAUUCUACGACGGAUGAAA